AUCAUCUCUGCUGCACUUCAGGUCAUGCACCCUGAUCUUUAUUGGGCCAGAAUGGAAACUCAAGUUGGGCUUGGUAAAUGGGCUGCCAGAUAUGAAUUAGAUGAGAUGCACUAUCACCUUCAAUGCUGGACAUCUGUCUUUAAUGUGGUAUCGAUCAUAUGCAAUCACUGGUUGCCCCCUCAUAGAGAUCCCAAAUCAUUUGAUAUAAUGACGACUGUUGGUAUGUAUCACCUGGUCAUCACAGACUUUAUGAAUCUUGGGAUCAAGUUUCUAUAUGACUCUGGCUCAAUGCUGGCUUCAUCAUGUCAACUGGUGAGACAUUACAUGAAUGUGGAAGAGGGCAACCGGAUUGUUACUGCGUGGUACAUGUGA